AUUGUGGUAAUUAAUAUUUUAGGUUUUAGCUUUCUUUUUUCUUGUGUUGAGUUUAUUCAUGUUUUGUGUUCCACAGAUGAGAAAUCAAAUUAACCUUUCAGACUUGAGUUCCUAUCACUGUGGUGCAUUUGGUUUCUUUUGCUAUGUUUCUUUGACUUUGCACCUUUAAUCCCUGUUUAGUUGCAGCUACUGCUGUUGUGCAUGUGUGUCCGGAUUGCCCUAUGGCUGACAAUUUGAAUGAACCAGUAAUCAAGGAGACAGCCAAGCUCGCUUUACAGAAGUUUAAUAAGGAAAGUCAUCUUGUCAACUACUUCACUCUAGAAAAUAUUACAAAAGCCAGCUUACAGUGGGUUGUUGGACCGUCUUACUUUGUAGAGUUCACUGUUCUGGAAACAGAGUGUUCAAAAGAAACUGAUUUCAGUGAGCUGACCCACUGCACUGCAAUGAACUGUCAGUUUGCUCACAGGGGGUUCUGUAUUGGUUCACACAUGACUCACGAGGAGGCGUUUAAAAACAUGAACCCUGUUGGAAAAGACGCCAGCUCCUUUCAGAAAGCAGAAUCUGUUGAGGUGAAAUGUGAAAUCUAUGAACCACAGGCUGCCACUGUGGAGGAGCAGGCUCAUGCUAAAGCGGUUAGUGGGCACCCAGAGCAACAUCACCACAACCACACACACCUGCACCACCAUGAGCAUGUGCACCCUGUCACGCAAGGCUCAGACAUCACUGUCUCCAACCCAAAAGGCCUUCUUGGCAGAAUUGUGUUUGAGCCUGCCACUCCCAGAUCAGCCCCAACUGCUAACUCCUGUCCUGGUGCUAGAAGACACAAUCUUGGUUUACGCAGUCCCCUGCUCUGAUUAUCUGGAUUCAUCUUUGUUUAAUUUCCCAUGUUACACGUUUUAUAUUUUGAUGGAAUUACUUGAAACUGGUAUAAAGAACUGUUACUAAAAAGUAGGAUGGUAUUAACCUGAGUUAUUAGGCAUUAUUGUAACAUGAUGCAUUUCACUAAUUCUUUGAUUAAAGCAUGUUUUACAUUGAA